CCAAGAAGAUAGUGCUCAUUCGCCUGAACCGUGAUGCAGAUCUGACACACUCUGAGAAAGCUGACCACGCUCUGAGCAAUGGAGGAAAUCUAUGUCAACACUGAAAGCAUCAAGUCCUUCAACCAGAGUCCUUCAACAAGUCCCCCGGGUCCCAGGAGCUCCGAGGGGAGAUUUCAUGGAGGAGUUGUUCUCUCUCUGGUGCUGAAUUUUUUCCUGCUGGCUGGGGCCAUCGUCUUCGGUGUCCUCUACCUUGAGUCCGUACAGCGUUCAGCUGCAGAACUUUCCGCUGUCAGAACCAGCCUGAGUGAAGAGAGAGACCUGCUGAUGGCCAACCUCACUGGAAAGACAGAAGAGCUGAACCGCACUUUGUCCAAAAUGAAAACAUGUUGUCCAGGAUGGAGGAUGUUUGGUUCCACCUGUUAUUUCCUGUCCAAUAAGUCUGGUUCCUGGGACAAAGGCAGAGAGGACUGCAGACACCGUGGAGCAGAUCUGGUGGUGAUAGACAGUCCUGAAGAACAGACGUUCCUCUCUCGGCUCACCACGGAGGACACCUGGAUUGGUUUGACUGAUAAACAAAAAGAAGGAACCUGGAUAUGGGUUGAUGGAACUACACUGAACUACACUGAAUACUGGCAGACACCACAGCCUGAUAAUGGUGAUGGACAUGCACACCUCGGGGAAGAGGACUGUGUCCAUUUCGUACAAGGGGCUGAUGAUUUAAAUAACUGGAACGAUUUGUCUUGUGAAAGGAAAAUAAGAUGGAUCUGUGAGAAAACGCUUUAGCAUUGGUGUAAACUUAAUUCUGACAUUAAAAGUUUGCAAAUAAAGUUUUAGAUUGUAGGCUAGAGAGAGGGAAACGAUGGCUUCCGUUCUCUUCAUCAGACUGUCCGGGAUCUAGUGUCACGGUAAUAAAUUAUGCUUCUUGCUCAUCAGA